AUGCAUCACGCGCUCGGCCGGAACACCGCCAAAGAAGUCUGGGAGUCGGUCACAUCCGCAUUGGCAUCAACUACCCGAGCCCGCUGUCUGAGUCUUCUCGGGCAGUUUCAAACUUUGCGCCAGGGAGGAAGCUCACCGGCGAAAUAUCUUGGCAAAGCCCAGACUAUUGUUGAAGCACUCGCGCUGGCCGGACGGCCUCUGUCUUCGGAUGAACAAAUCCUGUACGUGCUGCGUGGACUACGGCCAGAAUUCCGAGCGAUGGCCAGCUCGCUCACUGUCUCCGGCAGCCCCGUCUCCUUGUCACAACUCGCCGAUCAUCUACAGGCGCAGGAGUUUAUCCACUCCGAUGACUUUGCAGUCGAGUCCGGCGCAGGAGGUAGUCCGUCGGCGUUCUUUGCGGGGCGUGGCAGAAAUAGCGGCUAUCACGGAUCGGUUGGCCGCGGUGGUUCCGGCGGCCGCGGACGGCAUGGUCGUGGCAGGGGGAACAACAACGGCCGAGGGCGCGGCGGCACACCCCGUUGCCAAAUCUGCAGAUCACACGACCAUACGGCCGUGUAUUGUUUUAAACGAUAUACGGAGCGUCCACAACCGAAUGCAGGUCAGGCUAAUAUUGCAGUGGCCGGUGAACCUCAGGUAGCCGAUGCCUGGUACCCGGACACGGGUGCCUCGUCUCAUGCAACUCCAGAUGAACAGAUGUUGCACCAUUCCGAGGCGUACAAUGGCGGGGACGUACUCAAAGUUGGCAACGGCGCAGGUUUGGAUGUUUCCCAUGUGGGUCAUGCAGUAAUCCCAUCCCGGUCUAAAAAUCUACAAAUGUCAAAUAUCUUACAUGUCCCGAAUCUGACUUUACCAUUGCUUUCUGUUUAUCGUUUUGCUAAUGAAAACGAUGUGUUUUUCGAAUUUCAUAAAGAUUUGUUUCUUGUGAAGGAUUCCAGCACCCAAACAAUUCUACUUAAAGGGCCAACCUCGGGCGGGUUAUACAAGCUACUGGUUCCCCGGUCUCACUUUGCGUUUCUCUCUGCCCGAGCGUCGUCACAGGUGUGGCAUCAACGGUUGGGUCACCCUCAACAUGAAGUCCUCCAGCGUGUCUUAAAAAGCUGCUCAGUUUUGCCAAAUAAAACAAGUUAG